AUGUAUGCCACGGCGGACUUGGACUCGCUGCCGACGGAGGACGACCCGUCUGUGAACGUUGACGAGCUGUGGCGCGUGGUGUGUGCGCUGGUGCACGACUACGUGGCCGAGAACGAGCUUUCGCGGGUGCUGGACCGGGUGGAAAACAGCCCCUCGUUGCUCCAACAGCUGGCGCUCUUGGCCGGUGUGCUAAAGACAAACUCGCCGCACGAGCUGCGACGUGUCCACUCCGCGCGGUUCGCACACGCGCUGGAAACUCUGCUGGCCCGCCUGGACGUCUCGCUGGUGUUCGGCAGCUCGCAAAUCGUCACCGUGUUCUACACCCUUCUCCACGACAUUUCCGGUGUCGUGGACACCACGGGCGCGGUGCUGCUGAAACUGGUCCACCGCGUGGCCACCGUCGCGUCAAUGAAUGCAUCGUUUUAUUACUUACACUAUUUCACCCUGAAACAGCUGUUUGCCCAGCAAAAGUACCGGGACAUCGCCCAGCUGGCGCCGCUGCUGGCCAGACACUCGCACAUCGAGCCGGCCUUUUUGACAAAGGAUGCGAUCUUCCAGUCGUACGCAAUUCUAGCCAAGUCGCUCAUGAACACGGGCCAUUACGGCUCUGCGCACGACCAGUUCCAGAUCCUGUUCAAGCUGCCUGUGUCCAGACCCCAGAACGUGCUCCAGAACGUCGUCAGCAUCUAUGCCAUCAACACCGUGCUUGCAGACAACAAACGGCACACGAACCUCGUCAAGUACGGCGGGCUGGUGGACCCGCACUGCUGCCAUCUGGUUCAAAGCCUCCAAACGAGCCAGCCGACGCAUUUCUACCAGACCGUGGAAACUCUGGCCAAAGAGUACUCCGACCUUGUUCCGCAGGUGUUUGACGACCUGAGGGCCAAGAUGCGGCUCCGUAUCCUCCAGACCCAUCUCGAGCUGUACAAGGUUGUGCGUCUGACAACUCUGGAGUCAAUAGACCAGUUCCCAGAUACCAAACAGUUUCUCGAGCACCACGGCUAUGUUUUCGACAACGACAUCUUAUCAGUGCCAGAACCGCGGGAAACCGCCCAGACGAUCGACAACAAGACGCUCGUGGCGGCCAUCACGUCGCUGGAUAGGAUCGCCGCGAAAACCAGCCAAACCGCACAGCUGAAAGAAGCUCAGAAGCUCAGAAAACAAAACUCCAUAGCUUAA